CAUCGACCUGCAAAGAUCUUCAAAGACAUACGCAUGGGACGGCAUGUGGUUGUGCAGGCUGUUCUGGCUGCUUUGUACCCCAAACACUCCAGACACUGUUCUGCAGCCGGAUGUUUCUCUGGGCAACUGCUGGGCUUUCCAAGGGUCUCAGGGACAGGUAGUCAUUAGGUUGCCUGCAAAAAUCCAAGCAGCCAUGGUCACCAUCCACCACACUUCAGAGAUGGACUCAGAGCUUGGGAAAUUCAGCAGUGCCCCCCGAGAUUUCACCAUCUCUGGAGUGGAUGAGGAAACAGAAGCUGAAACUCUGCUCGGGGCAUUCACCUAUGGCGUGCAGAAGAAGCCUAUGCAGACCUUCCCUCUGCAGAAGAUCCCCAGAGCCUUUCAGUUCAUCAAAAUUGUCAUACAGAGCAACUGGGGAAAUCCAGAAUACACCUGCAUUUACCGGGUGCAGGUGCAUGGGAGAGGAACGGCUACCAGUCAUUGGCCAGAAGACAUGUCUUCUGCCAAUAAGAAUAAAAACUGAUAACAAAAAACGAGAUGAGGGAUGUGGUUUGUCAGUCUGGUGCAAAGUGAUGUUUUUACACUGGCCCUCUCCAAGCUGCCAGUUCUUCCCUUUCGCAGGCUGAGGCCUUCCUCAGGCUCGCCCAGGGCACACAAUGGGCAGCGCCUACUGGGAACACCACUGGGGACUGUCCACCAACCUGAUGUUACCCUCUUUACAGCCACUCUUUGAGCCUGACCCUUCAGCCAGUUGUUCACCCCUUGUAUUAUGUUCUUCUCCAGCUGCAAAGCUGGGCAUUUUGUCCUGAAGGAUAUUGUGAGAGACGGUAUUAAAAGCUAUGCCAAAAUCCAGAAAAAAAAACACGCUUCCACUGCUUAAACUUCAUCCAGCCAGGUGCAUAACCUGGUCAGAAACAGAUAUUAAGCUCGUAAGGCAUGACUUGC